GACAUUUGCAGCACCAGAGGUACCGCCAAUGCAUUGCCAUUUGCCAGCAUUUCAGGAAAUUGUUGGUCUAGUGGGAACACCGUCGAAAGGAGUUUGAAGGGAAAGUUUGAAUUUUUGUGUAAAGCAAAAACAAACUUUUUACUCACAAGUAAUAAUUAAUGCAUUGACUGAAUGUUUUAGAUAUUUUAUAGAAUGCCUAGGUAUUCUCUACAAUUAUACCGGACUAUACCGAUUGCCGGUGACGUAUUAUAAAAAGACGAAUUAAAUACAUUUCAUGGUCGCAUAUUGUAAAUACUUAGUAAAAGUAAGAGUAAGUUUUGAAAAUACUUUCAUUGUUAUUUUACAAUAACAUUUAAGUAACCUUGUUUCAUUAGGUCAUUCUCAAUUGUUCUUUGUGAAGGACAACUUGUGGGCUUAAGCAUGAAACUAUUGAAGUGCGUAGUAUACGGUUAUCUGUUUUACUGUAUUCUGGAUGAUGUUGGGGCGGACUUCAACACAUUUAUAGUAAACGUUCGAACGGAGAUCGAGAGUGCUGUGAGUACAGCGUGGAACAGUUUGGUGACUGCUAUUAAGAAACCAGUGCGGAUAAGGAAUGCACGGCGUAAAAGAAAAACAACCACUACUCCGUCAGCUGACCUUUAUAGGACACUGGAUCAGCCGGAAUCGUAUCAGUUCACAAUUUUAGACCAGACUGACGCUGACGUCAAAGCGAUAAAUGGGGCUGAGAGCAACGAGUAUGCACCCGAUGGUUACAAGCCAAGAAUACCAGUCAUAAACCAGCCCGAAUGGAAGUCCAUGGUGGAUUGGACCAACUGGCAGAGGCCUAGUCUGGUUCAACUCAUACAAGAAAUACGGGAUAGAAGAAGGGGUUCUACCGUAUCACCAACUGACACUAUCAUCUCUGAUACCCCGGAGAGAACAAAACGAGUCAACGCAGACGACGACGAAGACACUCAUUUCGGUAUUUUGAUUUUUGCGUGAAAACAUAACUUAGGUUGGUGCUAU